CCUUUCUUCUCCUCAAUUCCAAUUUUUCGACUGGUGUGAGCUACAACCAUAGUUGAAUCUUUCGUUAUAUUACUAAGUCCUUGCAUUCUAUGGAGAUGGACGCGGAGUUUUCCAAUACUUGCCUUAGUUUAGAUCUUAAUGCGAAGCCAUUUCGACUCUCGGAUGAAGCUCGUGUGAGCACGGAAAGUAGUUUUGUCGAUUUGGGGCGGAAAAUCUCAACGGAAGAUGAGUUUCAGACCCGUGUAUUGGAAGCUGAGUUGACUCGAGUGAGUGAGGAAAACGAAAGGCUGAACAAGAUGCUAAGAACGAUGUGCGAUAAAUUCGUUAGCCUGCAAAAUCAGGUGAUUGAUAUGAUGAAUCAGAUGCCGGAGGAGCAGCCCGCCUCAAAGAAGAGGAAGGCCGAGAGCCAUGAUAAUCAAAACCAGAUUAAUGGCAGCAUUAGUUAUGGUACUCACAUGGAGAGCAGCUCUAGUGAAGAUUCAAGCAAGAAGCAACAUGGGCCACCCAAAGCAAAGAUCUCGAAGCUCCAUGUUCGGACCGAUCCAUCUGAUCCAACGCUGGUAGUUAAAGAUGGAUACCAAUGGAGAAAAUAUGGUCAGAAGGUCACGAAAGACAAUCCAUGUCCAAGAGCCUAUUUCAAGUGCUCCUUUGCCCCAGCUUGCCCAGUUAAAAAGAAGGUCCAAAGAAGUAUCAAAGAUCAAUCGAUUUUGGUGGCCACAUACGAAGGUGAACACACCCAUCCACACCCUUCUCAAGCAGAUGCACCAAAGGAUCUGAACCCUGGCAGCACCUGUGGCUCGGUGCCUUGCUCACUCUCUGUCAACUCAAUGGGCCCCACCAUUACACUGGACCUGACCCAACCUGGAUCCGGUCAGGACACCUCAAAACAUCAAGGAGACGGCAAUUCGACGACAGGAUUCCAACAGUUUUUUGUCGAACAAAUGGCUUCAUCUUUGUCGAAAGAUCCCAGUUUUAAGGCGGCACUUGCGGCUGCGAUUUCCGGUCGGUUUCUACCCUGAAAAAAAUGGUGAAAUGAAUGUAAUCUCUCUCUUUUCCCUCUACCAAAGGGUGGAAACCCAUGUACAUAGAAAUUUGAAAGAAGGGAAUGGAAGUCUAGUGUGGAAAUUUGAA